GAAAGUUCAUUGAAAUCGUUUGUGGCUUUUAAAGCGUUGAAUGUGACGAGUGUUCGCUGCAGUUGACAGAUUAGUCUUUAAACUCGACCCGGGAACGAGGAGCGGAAGCUGUCAACGCGUAGUUUGAGUCGUAAACGCGUCCUCGCUCCUCGUCGAUCAGCUCCAUUGUUGUUAGCUGCUUGUUUUGUGCUAACUGGCUCCGCGCGACAAGAUGACUCGUCUGUUUUUAAAGUGUUCGCUUGCAUUCCCCACGCUCACAACCACAGACACGUCGGUAACUCGUCUGUUACGACACGUUUAAUAGAGGUCUGUGCUUGUUGUCGUCGAUUAAUUCAGUUUUCAGCAGCUGUCACUUGUUUGUUUCGCCACACCUGACGUAACUUUGCUCGGUUUUGAAUUUUAAACCGUGGUGACAUCUGUCACUCGUUAUCAGUGUAUGCUAUCACAGCAGACAUGUUGUUCUCUGUGGUUAAAGUGGUGUGUUUGACUCGUAUCAUCGCCGCCCGUCCGCGUUGAAUGAAUGAGCUUCAUCUGCGCGUGCGCACGGAAUCUCAAAGUUUAUAAACAAGAGGGAGUCACAUGACGACACAUUGUGCAAUAGAUAAACACGCUCCCGUCGCCUGCGGAAAGAGACUAUUUCACGGUAUUGUUUGCUCAAAGUCCGCAUCACCGGAUCGGAGCGUUGAGCAGAUGAACGCAAUGGAUCUUUGUGAAUGUGUCUAUACUUAGCUGGCAGCCGUCCCGAUGUGACCCUGUGUCCCCCCGUCACCCCAAACCAUAUACAGCUCACUCAGGAUCAUGUUCCCCAUCCUCUGCGUGGGUGGAAAGUUUAUGUCAGGAUUGUGACAUCAUGGUGUGGGAGGUGGUGACCCCAGCUGUGCUGUCCAGCGACCCCAAGAUCCACAAGGUCCGGGAGCCAGAGCUUCAGGCUGAACACACAGUAGUGAUGACGGAUGUAGAAGGAGACCAGUCACAUGAGCUGCUCCUCUGUGACGAGCACUUCCCCUCCUCACCUGGCUGUCCCACCAGUGACAGCCACAUGGAAUAUGAUGACCUUCCAGAUUUACAGGAGGUUCGGGAGGAGGCGGAGCCAACAGCGCCACCUGUGUACCAGGUGGGGGUGGGUGUGUCCCACCAGUGUGUCCCACCAGGAGGUGCAUACGCAAUGGCACACAGCCCACAGCCUCCUGACACACGCUGGCUCACGCAGCUGGCUCACAUCGCCACCGGGCCCCAGAGCCCCCUGCUGCAGGGGUCUCCUCACAGCAGCUCCUCCCUGGUGUGCAUCUCCAGGAUCAGCAGAGAUCUACAUUCCUACGCCCGGCCUCCUCCUCCUCUCCCCAGCAGCUCCCUGUCGCCCCCUCAAGGCCAUGGGAGGGAGCGUCGACACAGCAGGACGAGCAGUGAAUGUGGCUCUGCCGUGUCGACCAGAUCCUCUCUCUCUGAUGACGAAGACAUGGGCUGGAGCUUCUCCUGGCCCCCCACUGCUUGGCACUGUUUUCUCAAAGGCACUCAUCUGCGUUUCCACAGUGGCUGUAACGUUGAGUGGCAGGAAGCUGAGAAGUUGGAUUCUGCUGAGAAAGACUCCAGAUCUCUGAAGAGUUACGGCUCUGAGGGUCUGCAGCUGGUGGAGCGCUCUGAGGCGGUGUUGUCUGGUCGCGCCGUCCUACAGCUGACCUUUGACCCGGGUGCAUUCGGACACGUGCCUAUGACCGCCCGGUGCCAACUCGACCAUCCCUUCUAUGUGAAAAACAAAGGAUGGUCAUCCUUCUACCCAAGUUUGACCGUGGUGCAUUAUGGGAUACCGUGCUAUGAAAUGAAGGUAGGAGACGUUUGCCUGCCUCCAGGACACAGAGAUGCCAAACACACAGACGACUCACUGGUCUUCGACGCUUUUAGGAGCCACGACUUCACUCCUCUGGACUCGUCUGCGGUUUACGUGUUGAGCAGCAUGGCCAGACGGCGGCGGGCCUCCCAGUCCAUCGCAGGAGCUGCUUCUCCAGACAGAGACGCACCACAUGGUGGAGAAGCCAACAGUCCUAGCCACUCCAGCUCUCCUCAUCAAAAGCCAAUCAGAGGCCAGCCUGCCGAUGCACAGGGAGGAAGUAAUGCCCCGCCCGUUAAGUGCAAGCGGCCAAUGAACGCCUUCAUGCUGUUCGCCCAGAAGUUCAGGGUGGAGUACACGCAUAUGUACCCGGGCAAGGACAACAGAGCGAUCAGUGUCCUCCUUGGCGAACAUUGGAAGAAAAUGCGAAGUGAGGAGAGGCGGGCGUUCACCCUACAGGCCAAAGCCCUCGCAGACGAACAGAAAAGACUCAACCCAGACUGUUGGAAACGCAAACGAACUAACUCUGGUUGUCAGUGAAAUUAAGGCCACGGAGAUGAAAAGAGGACAAACACAAAUAUGAGAAAAUGACAAAGAAAAGAAAAACCGUGCUGAGCCUAAUUCUUUGCUCUGAUAUAAUAUUUGAUAUACAGACGGGCCUUGAACUCCCAAAAAGAGGAUUUACUUCCGCUUUUUUUAAAGAUUCUCACAAACCUUGUCUCUGUCAAAAGGAGAGGAAGUGUCUGCCUUAAAAAAAUGUCCCUUUCCUCUCACUUGCUUUUAGAAUGUGCUGAUUGUUCAGAGGAAAACAUCUUUAUACUCUUAUCGUGAAUUAAAACAAGGUGUCUCCAUCUUCAGUGAGGACACAUUUCCAAACUAGAUGAAGACACUGAUCAUCAGGGUUCUUGCUACGAAUGGAACUCAACAAGUGAUAAUAGGAAUGUGACAAGAAUAUUAAAUUAAAUAAGUCUGAUGAUUUUCAGUUUCUUAUGCUUUGGUGGGCGUUGUGGUGCUGUAGCAUUUAAGUCGAAAAUGUAGCAAUUUCCCCCAAAUUAUACUUAUAUUAUAAAGAAAUAUACAAAAUAUUAAGUGCUUUUUUUACUUGUAAUUUAUGUAUUUCACAAGAGAUUUAAUAUAAUUCAUCCUGGUAAAUGUAAUAAUUAAGUCAGAAUGUCGCUUAGUAAUAAGCUCAUACCUCCGCCAAGGCCAAAAAAAAAAAUAACAAAUAUAUAUUUCUCCACCAAAACUACACCCUAUGAAACCACAUUUUUUUAUUGGAUCUGCGCCAACUCAAAGAUAUCAGUCACCUGAUGCCGGAUUAUUUUCAUCAAGAUCCAUGAACAAUUCCCUGGAGAAAUGGUUUAUAUAUAAAAUGAAAUAAAUCCCGGAUCCAUCCCUUUUUCCAGAUCUGCACCAACAUUUAAUUGGUUCUUUCUCGGCCCAUUUCCAAAUUGACAUCAGUUCAGUAGUUUUUAGUAAUCUUGGUCACAAACCUACAAAGGAAUGGACAGGGGUGAAAUCAUAACCUCCUUGGCGAAGGUAACACGAGUACAUCACAAAUCCUCGACUGGCUUACGGGCUAUAUUUACCAAAACUUAACAAAUAACAGGCCUUAAAAUAAAUACAUUUUAAUCAAUUUAAUGUUUUUGUGAAAAAACCUUCCAUGAAACUCUGAUCUGUUUUAAAUUGUUAAGAUUGACAGCCUCUAUAGCAGUUAAGGAUUCAGAAGGCCUUUACUUCCUUUAGAAGGCUUUUAUUUUGAAAAAGGAGUUUCCUUUGUGAAAUGCAGUGUAAUAAGAUAGUGGCUGUUGUGGAAACGCUGAUUAUGUCAAAAGUACCGUAAUCGCCAUUGAAGUACAGGUACUAUUAACAUAAUUAACAAAUGGUCGUUAGCCAAGCUCUAUGUUGCUGCUUUCUCUUUGCCAUAAUAACAUGUUUUUAAUAUGUUCUGUCAAAGUGUGUUUGUGUAUAAUCAAAGAAACAUGAAUGCAGGAGAGGGUUCAUGCUUCUCACAGCUUUAUUAAAAGCUUUAUUAAGAAGUGUUUAGCAAAAUAUCAUCCACCAGUUAGACCGGUCAGAAAAACAACUUUGACUUUCAGAUACAAAAUAGUACAAGAUAUUUUAAAACCAGUUGCAGCACUUUUCAGUCCUAAACAAAGGAAACUGAUUUGAUAAAUGAUGUGGAAACAAAUUUGUCGAAAGCUGUUAUGUUCACAAUAAUACAUCAAACAUUUGGGGAACAGCAUCAGUAUAAUAUUGUUCUGUUUUUGUAAUAUUUAAAAAGAAAUCUAUUUUUGGUGUGUAUAUUAAUCAAGAUUUUUUUUUUGUGUGGAUUUUGUAAGGUCAGAAAAGCAACAUACAGUAUUUCUCAUCUCUUUAAAACUCAGCAUUUCACUAUUGAUCAAUGUGUCACAAACCCCCCUUUGGUGGAAAUGGAGGGGAGUGUUGCUCUCAGAGCCCUGAGGAGUUAGGACUUAGUUUUAGCUUGAAAACAAACUGUUGCACACAAAGUUUUUAAAAACAGACUAAGUUGAGGAGCUUUUAGAAUAAUUACAGAUAACACAACGAGACAGCCCUGGGCCCUAAAAGACUUGGAUAUUAGGCUUCUGACCACCGACUGUCUGUGUGAAGAUCUGGCUGAAGGCCACAUUUAAAAAAAUGUUUGCCUGAAAAGUCAGACCCAGGACUAAGAAAGCGAUAAACACGUUGAGAAUUGCUUUACCUUUAAUAAAAACCGAGCGUCGUUAAAGUAAUAGUACAUUUACCUCAAAUACUGAGUCGAUACUCUCUAACCAGGUGUGUGAGGCUUUAGAAAAGAUGGUCUGACUGUAUGAAUCUGUGUUUUCAUGUGUAAAGGCAGGAAUCUGCUUUGGGUUUCAAUCGUAGACUGUUUAUAAAGAUGGACGACAUGAUGGCUCCCCAAAAGUGAAGCCAAAGUGUCUGGAUUGCCCCCUGCUGGCUAGCUGUAGUAUGGCAUAAAUCAUGCCUCCUCCAUGUUUGAGGCAAACUAAAAAGUCAAAGAAGGUGUCUGUCAUUUUAGUUAUCAAACAGAUUUUUAUUCAGUUAUCUGAUGCUAUAAAAACCGAGUGAAACUACCUUCCAAUGGCUUUAAAAGCACAAAAUGGCAGCAUCCAUAUCCCAGAUGUUUGACGUCCAUCUUUAUUAACAGUCUGAUUUCAAUGCUUGAAAAAAAAAAAUGUUUUUACAGAAAAUAAUGAAUAUUUCCAGAAUAUUUCCAGCGCUCACACUCUCACUGCAUAACGAGGUUUAUUAUUAAUGCACUAUAUACACUUUAUCUUUUUUGACUGCUACAGUAUCACGACAAAUAUUAAUAUGAAUAUAUACAGAAAUAUCUAUUUUUUGGUUCUGACUUAAUCUUUGUUACACUUUCAUGGUUGUGCCUUGAUUAUUUGACUUUUGUAUGUCGUUGUGAUCGUGUCGUGUACAGGUCCAUCAGGGGAGACAAUGCAAUAUAUUGUAUUAUAGUAUAAAUAAAAGCAUGAGAAAUGUA